GUUUGUUUGGGCCGCGGCGCCGAAUAAUAACUUCAUCUCCCACAAUGCUUUUCGUUGAUCUGCGCUUGCGUCAGCAGUGCGACGAAAAUCUGAUGUUAAACAAACCAAACACGGAUGUUUUGGAUCCGUCAUUGAACCAUGGAGGCAGAACAGCCUAAAGAAGACUGUACUCCAUCCCAGCCAACACAUACACCUCCCUCUCAGUCUAAGAAGCCCAGCCAGCCUCUGUAUGUCCCCAAACAACGACUGCACGCCUCCAAAGACAAAGCUCAGACUCAGGGAGAAGGUAAACCAAGACCCAGACCUCGCUAUACAGACAAGGCACGAAAGAACGCAAAGAACAAGAAGGACAAGGCUGGAGGAGGAGAUAGAGGUGAGAUACAGAAAAAUGAUCCUGAUGUGAAGGAGGAGCAACUACAGGGAGCAGAGGUGGUGGUUAAUGGGCAGCCCGACUCAUCCACUGUGGAGACAGAGGGUACGUCACAGCAGGAAGCAGCAUCUCCUCAGGAAGAAAAGGGGGAAGAGGAAAGCUGGGACACCUUGUUCAAUGAUGAUGGAGACUGUUUGGAUCCGCAUCUGCUUGAAGAGCUGGCAGUGAGGGAUGGUAAGAAGAAGGAAUCAAUCCAGGAGCGUCGAUUUGAUUAUUACAACAUGGACAGGGAUGACGAUGAUGACAUUGACCUCACAGACGAUGAACUUUCUCAUAUCGUAGAAAUCUAUGACUUCCCUACAGAGUUCAAGACAGAAGACCUUCUGAAGUUAUUUCAGUGCUACCAACAGAGAGGCUUUGACAUUAAGUGGAUUGAUGACACACACGCCUUGGGUCUCUUCUCAAGCCCUAUAGCAGCCCGUGAAGCUCUAAGAUCCAAAAAUCCACUGAUGAAGUUGCGACCACUCUCCAAAUCUUCAUCUGCCACAAAGGCCAAAGCCCGCAGCUGCUCAGACUACCUCCUGCCUGCUAAAGAGAGACCUCAGACGAGUGCAUCACUGGCACGAAGACUAGUGAUCGGUGCCCUCGGUGUAAAGAGCAACCUCACAAAGGAGCAGCGUGAGGCAGAGAGGAAGAAACUGCAGGAGGCGAAAGAGCAAAAGCGUCUGGCAGCCAAGCAGAGGGAAGAUGCUUGGGAGGGGAAGUGACUGGACACACAUUUGAUUCCUUGAUUCAACAGAGGACUCACACUUUUCAGUUUCUUCUCCUCUUCUGUUUUUUUCAACUUGCCACUCCCUCCUACCAGCCCACUUCCCAGAAAUGGGUUCCCUCCAUGUUUUCCUUCGUCCGUGCAAAAACUCUUGACCCGUAACAUCAUCGGGACUACCACCACCUGACUCACCCGGACUUACUCUCAAAUCUCUGACAUUGUGAACGCAGUUUGUAAUGAAGCACUGAGGCUAAGAAAUUUUCCAAGUGAAAAUGAUUUGCUGAAUUUAUUGUUUUCUGUAUAGAUCCAAAGCUUCAUGUUUUUCUUUAUAUGGAUAUUUUUCAAUGUUUUUAAAGAUUAAAAAUGUGGAUGUGUCACGUA